CUUCCGGCAGAGUUGCGUCAUCCCGAGUGCGCGACCGAAAAGCCCACCCACUCUAUGCGGGCGCUUCUCAGGCCCAAGGGGGCUGAACCCAGUACCGCGCUGGAGUUUCCCCCGGGCUGAAUAAGGCGGGACUCUCCCGAGUCCGCUGCGGGCGGGCUCCCCGCGCGUGUCACGUCCAGCCAUGAAGUUUCGGGCCAAGAUCGUGGAUACCGCCUGUCUAAACCACUUCACGCGAGUUAGUAACAUGAUAGCCAAGCUUGCCAAAACCUGCACUCUGCGCAUCAGCCCGGAUAAGUUGAACUUCGUCCUCUCUGACAAAGUGGCCAAUGGAGGGGUGAGCAUGUGGUGUGAGCUGGAACAGGAGAACUUCUUCAGCGAAUUUCAAAUGGAAGGUGUCUCCGCAGAAAACAAUGAAAUUUACUUAGAGCUCACAUCGGAAAAUUUAUCUCGAGCCUUGAAAACUGCCCAGAAUGCCAGAGCUUUGAAAAUUAAGUUGACUAAUAAACACUUUCCGUGCCUUACAAUUUCUAUAGAGCUGUUAUCCAUGUCAAGCAGUAGUCGUGUUGUGACACAUGACAUCCCGGUGAAGGUUAUUCCUAGAAAACUAUGGAAGGACUUACAAGAGCCGACGGUCCCAGAUGCUGACGUUAGUAUUUAUUUACCAGUCUUGAAGACUAUGAAGAGCGUUGUGGAGAAAAUGAAAAACAUCAGCAAUCAGCUUAUUAUUGAAGCAAACCUAAAUGGAGAAUUGAACUUGAAAAUAGAAACUGAGCUAGUGUGUGUUACAACUCACUUUAAAGAUCUUGGAAAUCCUCCAUUAGCUUCAGAAAAUGCUUCUCAAGAUAGAAACUCGGAAGAAAUGGCUGAAGUGCACAUAGACAUUAGGAAGCUCCUACAGUUCCUUGCUGGACAACAAGUAAAUCCUACAAAGGCCACUUGCAAUAUUGUGAAGAACAAGAUUGUUCACUUUGACCUGCUCCAUGAAGAUGUUUCCCUGCAGUAUUUCAUCCCAGCGUUGUCAUAGCCCUGCCUUGUGGACUCAGGAGCUCAGGGACCUUGGUUGGACCCACAGCAGUGAAAUCCUUUUUUUUUUUUUUUUUUUUUACUUUUUUUUUCUUCUAUAAUAUUUACAGUAGAAAUUGAAUUAAUGAGUUAAUGAAACACAGUUGGAUAAACAUUUCUUCAUAUUA